AUGCCUAACGACAAAUAUCAACUGAAGCUGCAGCACAUUUCAUCUGCUCAGUCAGGUAAGUGUAUGACUGUCGAGAAACCCGAAAUUAGCCUCUGGAAUGACAUAUGUUUCGUUAUAGCAGCAACUUAUUUUGCACAUCUGUCCUUCAGGCAUGCUAACCUUUGACAACAGCAGUUUUUCAAAUCUCUGCACAAACGAGUCCGAAGUGGAACUCGCCUGGAGAUUCUUGGGAACAACAUCAGCAAUCAAUGCGAGCAAUGUAAGUAUGUCUUGAGACCCAAACUUCAUGCGUCACUCGGGUUUGGAAUCGUUUGAUGGGAGGAACCCGAAACAGUUCGGUUCAUAAUUUUCACAAAGGAUUUAAUUAUUCUUGCCCAGGCCCCCUGUCAUCUUUCAAUUUAGUUAUUUCCAUCGAACAAUCAACGGCAAUAGAGUUUUCUUUAAAAAUUUAAAGAAGUAUGAUACACGGUAAACCUAAUGCGAAUGAUCAAUGUUAGUUUGCUGACUAGCCAGCUCGACGAAAGUGUUCUAUUAAAUAAUAUAUACUUUGCAGAUAUACUUAAAUCGUCCGUUACGAUUAGUUUGAAUUUAUUUUCUGCCUUAGUAUUGUCGUCAAACCUAUUGACGAAAAUAUUCUGCAUUUAAGAUAACAUGCUACUCUAACGAAGAGCCCAUAUGUGGACUGUCGUCGCCAUGCGGUAAGCCAUUUUCGAACUCGAAACCAUAAGCAACUCUAUGUUAAAGGACUUUAUGAACUUUUUUUCAAAACCUAAGGGAGCCAUAUUGAAUGCUAUUUUUCUACCUCAGUACGCCUAAUUUUGCGCCGACAUCAGUUUUAGGGAACGAGGGAGCCCAUUCCGUGCUGAGAUACACUGCAAAGCGUGGACCGGAAAAUAUGGUUCUUUAUACAUGCUUGUAUAAAGAAAAUGAAAAUUUUGACCAAGUUACUUACAGGAUCUUUUGGCCAGGUAUGUCAAAUUCGUACAGGUGUUAUCUGCCGGAAAACCAUUUAAAUAUAUUCUUUUUAACGGCUUUUCACGCAAAUGGAAUCUGGAGUGCUGAUUUUUCAAAAUCAAUUUUAAAAUGGGCAUAAAAAUAUAUCCGAAAUUUAUAGGUUCGGACAGGUUUGUUGGCGAAACUGAAGCCCUAACUGCGUCGUCCAACGAAGUGGAACUGGAAUGGAUCGUCAACCACUGGGGUCCACACGACUAUCGGGUAACAAAACCUUUUCUUUUUUCGAGUAGGCUAAGGAGUAACGUUGUGGAUACAAUGAAGUUAAAUGACUGGCUGGAUGUGUUCGGUAUUCACAAAAACUAAAUAUUUUCUUGCUGUUAUGAUUUAUGGCCAUGACAUGGCAUAUUGCUCUGGCUUGCAGACUACAGCGUUGAGCUACUAGCUUGUGGAGUACUCUAUAUUAAAAUCCCAAAAUGACGUUAGUAGACUUUGAAAUGACAUAAUAUCGGUCUCUAAAACCGUUAAUAAUAGAAAAAAACUGAUAGACGUUGGCAAGGAUCUAGAAAGUUAUAAGACUACUGGAAAAUUCGUCUUUCCGAAGAAAAAGGCAUUUCUGGUUUCUUAUACUUACACCUGGUUUACAACUUAUAGUAAUCGAGAAUUAUAAAAAGGUUGAAUAGCGUAUAAUAAUUUAACACCGACGCACAGAUAUGAAAAAUAUUACGGACUGUUACCUUUGUUGGAAUCACCUGAUAUUUCGCUGUUCGGUAACCUAGAACUGAUAUUUAUUCAAUCAAUUGGUUACAAUUAGCCAGUACCACGUAUAAAACACAGAGCACAAACUAAAACGAAAUUUUCAGUCAAUAAAUAUAUUCUUUACGGUCAACGUAGAGAGAUUAAAUCCAAGGAUUAACACAGAAUUAGUGUUCCAUAUUGGGUGGGGAACCCUAAAAUUGAUAUUGGUUACUCAUUGUAGACACGGGAUGCCAAACAUAAAUUUAAGCUUGAAGUUCAUUGCUCUGUAGGCCAAAAAAUGAAAAACAAUAUACUUUGUAGGUUCUUGCAAAUAGUUGCCUUUUUUGCAAAACGGAUUUUUUUAAAAAUUAUGGAAGGGCAAAGAAAACACUUAUUUUACGAAGUCAAAUUCAUUCUCUGCGCGUUCUACAAACUGUUUAAUUGAAACUAAAGUAAGCAAAAAAUGCUUCCUAAGAUCGCCCAACUGUGUGGGCCGCAUAUUUUGUGUGGUUAAUUUUCACAUCCUAUAUUCUGGGCUUUAUUUUUUCUAGAGAUUUGAGUGCUAUGCUGAUGACCAGCUUCUGUGCUCCGGCCUUACAACUACUGCUGAAGAGGGAAUGUGCCGUAAGUGGCAUUUCAUUGACUUGGGCAAAAUUAAAGCUGUGCAGGUUAAACGUGGCGAAACACGCAGAAUUCAGCGACUGCGUAGAUUUUCUGACCUACUCACGAGCUCUGAACCUUCAUUACUUAUCUAUGCAACUACCGGUUCUACGUGAUCGCUGGAAGAAGAACUUUAUUCGCCUAGCAUUUUGCAUUCAUCCUCGAACCCAUUAAAAGAUCCCGGUGACCAGUGCAUAUGGGGUUGCAGUAUUUAUGGGACUUAGGCGCUAUGGAGCGCAAUUAACGGCUCUCUCCUUCAUCGCAGACUUUUUGAUCCCAAUACGAUAACUGUUUGAUGACCGAAAAUCGCCUCGAUUUCGUCCAACAUGUUGGGUGUUUAAGUACUAAUUGCUCGCCCAUUCGGUUCACUGCUACUGGGGUUAGAAACUACGCUUGGCUGCGCGCUCCCAGAGACCUAAUUAUCCUGCCCAGUGUUAGUCUCUAAACUGAAUAUGGAAGGAGCAAGUCGCUGUAAUUGUUAAUAGACUGGUUGCCAGUGAACCCUAAGUCAAGCAGUUCACGUCUCACGCGUUUGUCAGCACUCCCGGGAAUUUUGUGGCGUCGACGAACUUGAGUACGUAGCCAAAUCCCGCAAAGUGAUCUGCGACUUAGCAGCUGGGGUAAUUUUUCUUCACUGCUACUACAUUUUCGGCUAUUCGCGUCUACUGUGGUAAUUGCUCUGUUCACAACUACAUCAGGCCCUACAAACGACAAGAUUCAAAGACUCGAAUGCUGUCCACCAAGGAGAUAUCGCACCAAUAGAAAGGGGGGACGUUCAUUUAGGUGCUAAAGUGGUGGCCUCAAAAAGGCGUCCCCAAAUACUGCAACUGUUUGUGCAUGUAUUACCCUUAUCUGAUGCUUUUGUCGCUAGUGGGAUGGUCGACAAGACUAAGAUUCUCAGAUCAGAAGUCAGGCAAUAGGACGUGGACCUGGAUUGCUUUUACUGCUGAGGAAGUGCGUGUCGAAAAGCUCUGCAUGCAGUCGCCGCGAGCGCGCUCUUCAAGCAAGUCCGACUUGUCUGGGUCCGCCGUCGAGGACCUCAGACCCAGCGCCUUUCGUUGUCCCAGCGUCCGCCAGCCAACCAGAAGAGGAACAGUGUCGAUUGACUUCGAGCACUCGCGAGGCUAGCGACAAGCCUCGUGCGUCCCAGCAGUGGAUCGACAUGGAGUGUGAGGCGGAUAGGGAGGCAGCGUGA